UAAACAAAAGGACGGCGGUGAGUUGUUUAGGAGGCAUUUUGCAGUAUUGGUGAGUAGCGUACUGGUAUGCAUACAACAGAAUGGGUAUGCUAAUCAGGACAUCCUUCAUGAACUCAAAGAUGUGAGCAGGAUUAAAGAUUUAGAUUGGUGCAAGUAUGUAGUUGACGAGCUGGUUGAAUGCCACGGAAAGUGGGCUACAAAAAAACAAAAGGUGUUUGGAGGGCCAAUACUAUUUAUAACGAUGCUGUAUGUAGAUACGGUUGUGAACCCCACACGCUACGUGGAGCGAGGGAGGCCCGCGUUCAAAGGAUGGACAUCAAAGAUGUUGAAUGAUCGGGAAUUUGCAGAGAUUAAAAAGGGAGGAUUUGGAUUAGGGAACAUUGAGCUGGCAUUGGAAACAGAGGCGGUAAUGAAUGAGGAUGGAGGCAAUGGUUCACAACAUGAACUUAUGGAAGAAAAUCAAGAAGAUGAAGGAGAUGAUCUGGUCAAGGCAAUGGAGGACAGGUUUGAAAAAGGGGCGCAACAAGUAAUACAAAACGUCAAAGACCUAACUACACUUGCCGACGACGCAGGCGAAUGCACGAUAGGUUCACAAACACGCACCGGGCUACUGACUAAGGCGUAAAAGAACCCAA